UCCAAACCUACUCCAUCGUUCUCCUAGUCCGAUUGUGUGCCACACCUUGAAACCACAUCACCACAAUCAUGUCCACAGACUCCAACACGAUGUUUCUCAAGAUCGAAUUCGGAGGCGGCCUCGAACUUCUUUUCUCCAACCAACGCUCACAUCGCAUAACAAUACCCUCGACCGUACCCGCGGACAACAAUACCUCUGUAACAACAAAGGACGCUGCUUCACCGGCUACGAGACCAGCGGACGUGACGUACCUUCUCCACCAUCUGCGAGAUCAUUUGCUCAAGGAGCGUGAGGAGCUGUUCAUGGAGAACGGGACUGUGCGGCCUGGGAUACUGGUACUGAUCAAUGAUACGGAUUGGGAGCUUGAAGGCGAGGGAGAAUAUUUGCUGAAAGAUGGCGAUGAGAUUGUGUUGAUCUCUACGCUACAUGGAGGCUAGAAGGUGGAAGUUUACAAAGGAGCUUUGGUAGACGUAUCGCCAGCUGGGAGGGGUGCCCGCCGUUGAGCCAGUCAAUUCCCACUUGGUGAAGUUGGAUGAAAGAUGUUGACUGAAUCUCGGAGCGGUUGGGGGCUCGGAGGGCUGGAGUGGACCUUCACAUUGCCCGAUGCUGAAGUGGUUUCUCACUUCGCUGGCUAAAUUUUCACACUUGUAUCAUCCCCUUGUACAAUACCAGGACGUGACGCGUG